CCGAUGAGCGGAUGUCCACUCGCAUGAUGCUGGUGGCCAUGACUGCAUGGCUGUGAUCAGCAGACAGAGCAGGUGAUGUUUGCCUCAGAGUGAGGGCCUCGGCGCGUGAAGAUGACUCUCCUGGCGGGCGAUGGGUCAGACUACGACUACAGCGCCCUGAGCUGUGCCUCGGACACCUCGCUCAACCCCCCGCCCAUCCAGGAGCGCGAGGCCGCCAAGGGCCUCUACUACAAGCGAGCCCAGCUCCUCUCCGAGUGCUACCAUGGUUCCUCUACAACUGUGGCCCCCACCAAUAGCACCACCAGCAGUGCCACCACCCAGCCGGCGGGCACCUCCUCCAGCAUGCGUCGGCUGAACGUGAUCAUCAACGUGGGCGGCCUGCGCUACCAGCUGCCCUGGACCACGCUGGACGACUUCCCGCUCUCGCGCCUGGGCCAGCUGCGGCUCUGCAGCAGCUUCGACGACAUCCUGCGCGUCUGCGACGACUACGACGUGACGCGCAACGAGUACUUCUUCGACCGCAGCCCCUGCGCCUUCCGCUGCAUCCUCACCUUCCUGCGCGCCGGCAAGCUGCGCACGCUGCGCGACAUGUGCGCCCUCUCCUUCCGUGAGGAGCUGCUCUACUGGGGCGUGGCCGAGGAGAACCUGGAGUGGUGCUGUCGACGGCGCGUGAUCCAACGCGUGGAGGAGUGCGAUGAGAUGGAGAGGGCCGCGCAAGAGGACGAGGAAGAUGACGACGAUGAUGAAGACGACGAUGAGGAGUACAGUGGAGAGGAGGGAGGAGGGAAGCGGAGGACCAAGUUUGGGCGCAGGCUGGGGCAUUGCAUGAAGAAGCUGAGGGACAUGGUGGAGAAGCCCCACUCGGGGCUGCCGGGCAAGAUCUUCGCCUGCCUGUCGGUGCUGUUCGUCACCAUCACCGCCGUCAACCUCUCCAUCAGUACCAUGCCCGCCAUGCGGGCCGAGGAGGAGGCGGGCCAGUGCUCCCAGAUGUGCCAGAACAUCUUCAUCGUGGAGACGGUGUGCGUGGCCUGGUUCUCGCUGGAGUUCACGCUGCGCUUCAUCCAGGACCGCAGCAAGCUGGCCUUCCUGCGCCGGCCCCUCAACCUCAUCGACGUGGUGGCCAUCCUGCCUUACUACAUCACCCUGCUGGUGGACGUCACCUCAGAGCCUGGCGAGCGCAAGCUGGGCUCCGGCAGCAGCUACCUGGACAAGGUGGGGCUGGUUCUGCGGGUGCUGCGGGCCCUGCGCAUCCUCUAUGUCAUGCGGCUGGCACGCCACUCGCUGGGCUUGCAGACGCUGGGGCUGACGGCGCGGCGCUGCACGCGGGAGUUCGGCCUGCUCCUGCUCUUCCUAUGCGUGGCCAUCGCGCUCUUCUCGCCACUGCUCUACCUCAUCGAGAACGAGGUGACCGCCACGCACGAGUUCAGCAGUAUCCCCGCCACAUACUGGUGGGCCGUCAUCACCAUGACGACCGUCGGCUACGGCGAUAUGGUGCCGCGUUCCAUUCCGGGCCAGGUGGUGGCGCUGAGCAGCAUCCUGAGCGGCAUCCUGCUGAUGGCCUUCCCCGUCACCUCCAUCUUCCACACCUUCUCGCGCUCCUACGUGGAGCUGAAGCAGGAGCAGCAGCGUCUCCUGCAGCGCCGCGCCCACUUCCUGCUGCGCAGCCGCAUGGCCAACAUGGGCAGCAGCGGCGAGCUCUCGCUGCAGAGCGACGUGCUCUACCCCAACUCACCGUCCUCCGACUCCUCAUCCAGCUCCUACUCCUCACCCGUGCCGUCACCCUCCAUGCAGCACAGAGAGGCACAGGCCUGAUGGGGGAAUGGGGGGGUGACGUGCUCUACCCCAACUCACCGUCCUCCAACUCCUCAUCCAGCUCCUACUCACCCAUGCCGUCACCCUCCAUGCAGCACAGAGACGCACAUGCCUGAUGGGGGAGAAUGGAGAAUGGGGAUGAAUCGAUGAAUGAAUGGAGACAAUGAAUGAUGACGAUGAUGGGCAGUGAUGGACAAUGCAUGGAUAAAGUGAGGUUGGAUGGGUGCUAUUGAGGACAAGGUAUCAAGUGGGUGACAAGACGGGCAUGGUGAGGUGGGGACAGUGAUUUUGGCUUUAGAGGGUACAACCCAGACCUGUGUAUUUGUUUCAGUCAUUCGAGGAAUCAGCUCAGCUCCCCAGCCAUUUCAAGAUCAUUUGUUUACGUCCCUGAAUGAACUCAUAGGGUUGACUUGGAACAUACAGUAGGUGGUGCUGUAUUGAAGAAUCUGAAUCCAACUAGUCCAUCAACAUAUAUGGUUGUAGACCUGGGAGCUAGGAGACGAAGGACAAUGAGGGAGGAUGAUGAACAUGGGCUGUGGUGCAACUAUGUCAGGCAACUAGAUGAGGACAGUGGAUGAGAGAGUUGAGUUUGCAUGGUUUGGGAACAGUGAUAGAGAGAGCAAUGUGUGGGUUGUGGUAUGAUGACGAAGCGGAGGCAAAAUGGGGAUAACGAGGAGGGGAUAGGCGAGUUGGGCUAGUGAUGAGGAAAUGAGCUGAAAUUGUUUGGGGCAAUGUUGGGACAAUCUGAACAACCAUGAACCAGAACCAUGUACCUGUUUUAGUCAAUCAAUGAAUUCCGUUCAUUUUAAUGAGCUUAUCUGUACAGCCUUUAAAAAUGUGUUUAUUUGUCACCUGCACUGUCGGCCAGCACGUAGUGAGUUGGAAACUGUGGUGCUGGAUUGUCACUUCCGGAUCCAACUCAUCCAUAACUACUGUACACAGUCAGGGCCGGAUUAAGGCAUAGGCUACA